CCGAGUCGCACGAGUUCGUUCGUAAUAUUCAUAAUGGGUGGAAAGAAACGAUCGCGAGACGAGGACUACGACGUUAUAAAAAAGAAAAUUAGGAAAUUAGAGAAGCAAUUAAAACGGAAAUCACGCCAUCGGAGAAUAUCUUCAAGUUCAGAAAGCAGCGAUGAAAUACCCAGUUCACUCCAUUCUGACAACGGCUUAGAAAUAAAUUGCGAUGAAACACAAGUUGAAAAUGAUUCUCAACCAGAAUGUUCUGCUAUCAUUGAUGAAUGUCCGGAACUACAUGAAGAUAUUCUAAAUAUACUAGGCCCUGAUACGACCACAGAGAAGCCUUUUGGUGAUAAUUUACACAAAGAUGUUGCUUCGAGAUGGCAACAUAUUUUAUUAAAUGGCUUAUCAAAGGAAAAUAGAUCUGAUUUAUUAAAAACAUAUCUACCUCCGGAAAAUUGUCCGAACAUGAGGGCUCCUAAAUUAAAUUUAGAAAUUAAGGCAGCCUUAACAGAAAUAAAUAACAAAAAGGAUGCUUAUAGCCAAACUAAACAAAAUCAGUUAGCCAGUUGUUUGUCAGCCCUGGGCAAAGCUUUAAAUUUGACUUUAUUUAAAAGUAAGGAAGAUACCACUUCACAGGAAAUAAUUAAGUCACUAAGUGAUGCUGGCCGUCUACUGUGUGACUAUCACUUCAAGGAAUCUCAAUCUAGACGAUACGCUGUUAUCAAUUCAUUGAACAAGGAUACAAGAGACACUAUUAAAAAUACCAAAAUAGACGAUUUUUUAUUCGGCUCCGAUCUUGCCGAUCAUUUGAAAUCUUCCAAGGCGAUUUCAAAGUCUGGAAUGGAACUCAGGCCGACAACCACAGAUAAUCGACCAAAGCCCAAGCCAGGUACUUCUGGUCAAGCAUCUGCAGUGCGUCGUGGAACUUUAAACGCGAGGGGGGCGCCGCAAGCACCAGCCGCCGAGCCGCGAGCGAACCCCGUACCACAGAGGCGACCGGCAGCUCCGUUACGCGACCGACGCAACUACAGCACGAGGCCCACGCAGCGUCAUCGGGGGAGGAGGACCUGACUUCGCAUCCAGAGGUACCUAUUCCUGUUGCUGGCCGUUUACAAUAUUUUUACCAACAAUGGACUGACAUCACAAACGAUCCUACCAUUUUAUCAUGGGUUAAGGGUUAUAAAAUUCCAUUUAUAGAUAAUCCGGUGCAAUAUGAGAUACCCAAGAAUAAGUGUUGUUCCGGAAUGGAAGCUGAAAUAAUUGAUGAAUGUGUUUCGAAUUUAUUACAAUCCCAAUUUAUUUCACCUUGCAAUUCAUGUGAAGGUCAAUAUAUUUCACCAAUUUUCACAGUUCCAAAACCGAAUGGUAAACAUAGGUUUAUAUUAAAUCUAAAGGGUUUAAAUAAACACAUAGAC